GACAGUUCAAAGGGCACACCCUCAGAGACUGGCUGAGAGAGAGACGGAGACAGAGGGGAUCCCGUGUGCAACACAACUUUGUAUUUCCACAGUUUCCACACUGACAGGAUCUCAUCUUCUGUAGUUGGACCAGUAUCAUCCAACGACAGGACCCAGAAAAUGGUGUUUGGCAUCCGAAAGCGCAUCCAGGACCACCUGGUGGAGCGAAGAAUCCGCAGAAGCCGGCUGGUGACCAAAGAUGGCCACUGCAACAUUGAAUUCGGCAACGUGAAGUACGGCAACCACUUUGCCUUCCUCGUGGACUUCUGGACGACCUUCGUAGAGUUCCGCUGGCGCUUUGUCCUCUUCUUCUUCAUCGCCUCAUUCACCCUGAGCUGGUUCAUCUUCAGCCUGCUGUGGUUCUGGGUCGCCCGGAACAACGGGGACCUGACAUGGCAGAACCCCCCAAGCAAUCACAUCCCCUGUAUGUGGAACGUCUACGGUCUGACUACGGCCUUCCUCUUCUCCCUGGAGACCCAGACUACCAUCGGGUAUGGUGUACGCGCUGUCACCCCCCAAUGCCCUGGUGCUGUAGCCCUCAUCAUUAUCCAGACUCUCAUAGGGGCCCUCAUACACUGCUUCAUGUGUGGAAUCAUUGUGUCCAAGAUAUCCCUCCCUAAGAAAAGGGCCAAGACCAUCUCAUUCAGUGAGGUGGCUGUCAUCUGUCCUAAGAAGGACUUCCUUUGCCUUAUGAUAAGAGUGGCCAACUUACGCAAGACCCUGAUGAUCGGGAGCCAGAUCUACGGCAAGCUGUUGAGGACAACAGUCAAACCCGAUGGGGAGACAAUCAUCAUGGACCAGGUGAACAUUGAGUUCAUGAUGGAUGCUGGGAAGGACAACCUCUUCUUUGUGUGCCCUCUCACACUCUACCAUGUGAUUGACAAGGCUAGCCCUUUUUUUGAGAUGGCAGUGGACACUCUCCGUAAGCAGGAGUUUGAGCUGGUGGUCUUUCUGGAGGGUACAGCCGAGACCACCAGCUCAGCCUGCCAGGUCAGGACUUCCUUCAUUCCUCAGGAGAUCAUGUGGGGUUACAACUUCCUACCCAUCAUCUCCCGCAGCAAAGAGGGCAAGUACAGAGUGGACUUCUCCAACUUCUCCAAGGUAGCGUCCGUUGCCACUGCACACUGUGCCUACUGCUUCCACAACAUAAUGGGACAUCACCUCCCCUCCAUUAAUGGCAUUGACAAUGUUGGAUUUGAAGUUAUUGAUAUCCUAGAAUAAUUUAAUAUAACCAAGAUGUGAACUUUUGGAUGGCAAUAUGUGAAGAUAUUUUUUUAUCUUGUAAUAUUUAUAUAUACAGUAGGGUUUGAAAUGAUUGACACCCUUUAUAAAGAUGACCAAUAUUGACUUUAAAAUAAUUCAUUCAAAUACUGAGCUAUAAUUUAUGCAAUUAUAUUAUUUUAUACUAAGGAAAUUGCUCAGAGAAAGAGAUUUUGUUUAACAAGUAAUAUAUUGGGGUCAAAACUAUUGACUUCCCUAAGAUUCUUAUUUAUAAAGUAGUCAAAAGUGUAGUAUUUGUUUCCAUAUUCCUAGCACGCAAUGACUACAUCAAGCUUGUGACUCUACAAACUUGUUGGAUGUAUUUGCAGUUUGUCUUGGUUGUGUUUCAGAUUAUUUUGAGCCCAACAGAAAUUAAUGGUAAAUAAUGUAUUGUGUCAUUCUGGAGUGAGUUUUAUUGCAAAUAAGAAUAUAAUAUGCUUCUAAACACUUCUACAUUAUUGUGAAUGGUACCAUGAUUAGAAAUAAUCCUGAAUAUAUCAUGAAUAAUGAUGAGUGAGAAAGUUACCCAGGGUCAAAGAUCAUACCCCUAGACAUGCUAACCUCUCACCAUUACCAUCUUGACCCUCUGACCCUCUACUUUGUUCAAUAUUAUAUGCUUUGCAGAGACGUAGCUGUAUGACUAUGUUCGUAGGACUCUGCUGUUUCUCCUUUCAGCGGCAUAGUCAGAUGAACGCAGCCGCUGGCAAGUCCAAAGGGAGAGGGGUGUCUCUCUUCAAAAACAACAACUGGUCCUCUGCUUCCAGUGUGAAGGAAAUCUUUAGCUUUUGCUCAACUGAUAUAGAAUACCUCAUAGUAAGCUGCAGACCCUUUUAUCUACCAAGGGAGUUCUCAUCCGUAAUCAUUACGGCCAUAUAUAUUCCUCCACAAACCACUCUGAAACUCAACAAACUGUAUGAGACCAUAAACAAACAAGAAACCUCUGGUACCGGAGCAUCGGCUCUCGGACCAACAAGCUCCGAGACAGCUUCUACCCACAAGCCAUUAAACUGCUAAAUAGCCAUAAGACUGCUAAAUAGUUCAUAUAUAAACUGAGUGUACAAAACAUUAGUAACAUCUUCCUAAUAUUGAGUUGCCCCCCUUUUGCCCUCAGAACAGCCAGUACAGCCUCAAUUCAGUUGUGUCAAGUUGUGAUACACACAGGAAACUGUUGAGCGUGAAAAACCCAGCAGCGUUGCAGUACUUCGUACACUCAAACCGGUGCGCCUGACACCUAAUACCAUACCCCAUUCAAAGGCACUUAAAUAUGUUGUCUUGUCCAUUCACUGUCUGAAUUGCACACAUACAAAAUCCAUGUCUUAUUAUUUUGUCAUUUAGCAGAUGCUCUUACCCAGAGUGACUUACAGUAGUGCAUACAUUUUUCAUGCUGGUCCCCUGUGGGUAUCGAACCGAGUUCUACCAACUGAGCCACACUGGACUAUCUUUAACCUGUCUCCCCUUCAUCUACACUGAUUGAAGUGGAUUUCAUAAGUGUCAUCAACAAGGGAUCACAUCUUUCCCCUGGAUUCACCUGGUCAGUCUAUGUUAUGAAAAGAGCUGGUGGUCCUACUGUUUUGUACAUUCAGUGUAUACACACGAAAUACACACACUACACUGACACUGACACUCUCACACGAAACCCACACACAUGCACAUACACUACAUACAUAUGCACAUAACACACCCACGCAUACCGACCACACAAACACACAUAUACACACACACACGCAUAACAACACAACACAACACAACACACGCGCACACACACACACGCACGCGCACGCACGCACGCACGCACGCACGCACGCACGCACGCACGCACGCACACACACACACACACACACACACAAGCAUACACACACACACACACUUAUACUUAUAUGUUCUGUUCUUUAUUUUACUCUUAUUAUUAUAUAUCCUAAUACUUAUCCUUCCUUUAUGUACAUAUAUACCUCAAAUACCUUGUUAUUAUCUAUUCUGAUACUUAUCCUUCCUUUAUGUACUUAUCUACCUCAAAUACCUUGUUAUUAUCUAUUCUGAUACUUAUCCUUCCUUUAUGUACACACCUACCUCAAAUAGCUCAUACCCCUGCACGUUGAUCUGGUACUGGUAAUACCUGUAUAUACUGUAGCUCCAUUCUUGUGUAUUUUACACCUCUUGGGUUACUAUUUUUUGUUGUAUUAUUAUUUUUUAACUCUGCAUCGUUGGGAAGUGCUUGUAAGUAAGUAUUUCACGGUUAAGGCUACAUUUUCGGUGCAUGUGACAAAUAUCAUUUCAUUUGAUUUACUCUAACUUGAUUGAUAGCUUGAAAUGGCUUAUUGGUAGCUAGUUAUAAAGUUGGGAGAUUGGGAACUAUAAUACAUUGCUAGGUGGCUAGUAGUAUUACAGAGAAACAACAACAAAAAGACUCUUAUUUUAAUCGGACAAAUCUGAGGUGACAUGUGCACCUAUGGGCAUGACGUCUAGGAUUAUUAUUAUAGUUCUUUCUUUUUUUUGCUGUUAUUGUUGUUGUAAUUAUCUCACUUCCCUUUAGCAACAUUGGAUUUGUCAUUCAUGCUAAUAAAGCUUAUCUGAA